AUGGCCAAGGAUUUGCCUGCAGACUUGGUGGCCCAGAUUCUGGUAUGGCUUCCGGUGGUCUCUCUCUUAAGAUGCAAGUGCGUCUCCAAAUCCUGGUACGCUCUUAUUACUCACCAAAGCUUCAUAAGAAAACACCUCCUACACAACAACAACAGCAGCAACACUCUCCUUCUCCUCAAUACGUUCAAUUUUACCACCCUAGAUUUCGUUUUAUCCACUAUUUCUUAUGAAACACUCCAAUUAUCCCUUACACAACCUGCACAUCCAUGGAGUUUUUGGAACAUCAAGAAGGGUAUGAUUAGUGUUGCGGGUUCUUGCAAUGGUCUCGUUUGUCUCCACGCUUCAUCAUCUGAAUUCGAAGUUGUUAUAUGGAAUCCUGCAACUAGAGAAACAAAGGUUGUCCCCAAAUCAAACCUGCCCCGCCUCCUCCCCGCUGGCUAUAAGACCAUAAUUGAUUCUUUCCAAUUUGGUUUUGAUGCCAAAACUAAUGACUACAAGAUAAUCAACCUUAUUAGGCCCUUUGACGUCGACGUCGCGGCUAGAUCAUUCCGAAGUGGAGGGAUUAUCCAAAGUGAGGUAUACAGCUUAAGUGCCGAUUCUUGGAGAACAUGUGAUAGCCCCCUGUGUUGUACUGGUGAGCUUAAGAUCGAUGGCUUGAACACAUACAUCAAUGGGAUGGCUUCUUGGUCGGCAUCUGUUGGUUGGGAGGGUGUCUUGUCAUUUGACAUGAGCGACGAGGUAUUCCUAAAAACACCAGUGCCAGAUGAUGUUUUGAAUAAUUGUAAUAGACACUUUUUCUUGUUGAAGGAAUCGAUUGCUAUGGCAGUUGGUAUCGUGGUUGAUUAUCUUAUGUGGUUUGAUAUAUGGUUAUUGCUUGAAGUUGGUGUGAAGGACUCCUGGACUAGACUUUUCUCUAUUGGACCGUUUCCAGAUUAUAUUGAGCGACCAUUAGGAUUCUGGAAGAGUGGCAUCAUGUUCUUUGAAAAUCUUGACGGACAGAUGGUCUUGUAUGACCCCUCAACCAAAGAAAUGACAAAUCUCCCAAUUCAGGGAGAAACAGACGUGUCGCAAUUGGUUACUUACAUGGAGACCCUAGUUUCUGUUAAUGGGAGGAAAUGA